AUGGCAGCUCGCAAUACUCUCCGUCGUUCCCUCCUCUACGUCCCCGGAUCCUCCCAGCGCUUCCUAGACAAAUCCCGCUCAUUGACCGCCGACUGCGUCGCCUAUGAUCUCGAAGACAGCGUAACUCCGCACAUGAAAGCGGAGGCGCGUUCCCUGGUGCGGAGAGCAAUCGACCAAGCCGCACCACCAGGGAUCCGCGAACGCGCAGUGCGCAUCAACUCCGUAGACAGCGGACUCGCGCUGGGCGAUUUGACCGAAGUCCUCCAAUCGCCAAACCUAACAACGAUUGUUAUCCCAAAAGUCAACUCCGCCUCCGACCUGACCUUCGUCACAGACGUCAUCACCCACACUCUCGCCCAGCAACCCCCAGCAGAAAGAACCCCAAUCUCCCUGCUGGCACUAGUCGAGUCUGCCAAGUCCCUCACAAACUUGUCGCAGAUCUGCGCCGCGUCGCCUUUACUGCAGGGCCUGGUAUUCGCGGCGGAAGACUUCGCGUUGGACUUGAGUAUUACGCGCACGCCCUCGCUGACGGAGUUUCUCUUCGCGCGGUCUGCGAUUGCGACGGCUGCGCGGGCGGCGGAUUUGCCAUCUACGAUUGAUCUUGUCUGCACGGCGUAUAAGUCUGAGAAGGGGGAUGGGUUGCCGCCGGCUGUGCUGGAGGAGGAGUGUCGUGAUGGACGGCGGCUGGGAUUCAAUGGUAAGCAGUGUAUUCAUCCGUCGCAGGUGAAGGUUGCGGAUCAGAUCUUUGGGCCGGAUCCUAAGGAGACGGAGUGGGCUAUGCGGGUUGUUAUUGCGGAUGAUAAGGCUGCGAAGGCCGGGAGGGGGGCUUGGACGCUUGAUGGGAAGAUGAUUGAUGUUCCUGUUGCGCACAAGGCCAGGGCUAUUGUUAAGAAGGCAGAGGCUUGUGGGGUGGAUGUCGAUGCUUUGAGAGAGGAGUGGCAGCACCAGGAGCCCGAAUAG